AUGGGGACUGUGAAGAUAAAAUGGUGGCUGGAAAUGCUGACGGUGGCCGUCAUGCUCAUCACAGAGACGUUGGCCUUCAAACAGACCGACAAUACGACCGGUAAGAGGGGCGGUGGUAAAAAUUUUUUGUUUUUUAUAAAGUAAAUACUGUAAUUUUGGGUACUGUAGUUUAGAGGGAAAAAUGAAACAUGCGGAUUUGAUGAGAUAAAGGGAGAAAUUUAAAGAGAAAAAUUUUUUGAAAGGUGUGAAAAAUUUUUAGCUGGUGCUUUGCAAAAAAAUUUUGGAUUUUUCGGCCGAAACCGGCCGAAAUUGAAAAAUUUUUUUUUGCGAUUUUCGGGAUGAAAAUUUCAGGAAAUGAUCUCUCUGGGGCACGUGUCAAUUUCUGAAAAUUUCAGCUGAUGCUUUGCAAGUCGGCUUGAGAUAUUACAAAAAAAAAAAAAAUUUUUUUUGGCGUUCCUUUUUAUAUUUUGCCCGGAAAAAAUAAUGCUUUUUUUUGAAAAUAUCGCUCUGAAAUGCAAAUAAAAAGCCUAUACUACAAUCCAGGGGCCUGUUUCACGAACGCAAAAACUCAUAUUUCUAAAGAAAAUAGAAAUAUGAUUGAGCGAGGGAACAAAGGAAAUGCAUGCGAAACGGGAGAGACGGCAGAAAAAUUAGGAUUUCGCCACUUCUAAAUCGGAGUGACUUUUUACGUCCAAAACCAGGGUUGGCGGUAGUAUUUCGGCCAUAACUUUCCCCUCCAUGGGCGUAGAAUCACCCUUCAAAAUUUCGAAUAAUGCUAACUGUUUGGACUGUCAUGUGUGCAAGUUUCGUUGCACUGUUGCAAAAACUCGCUCGAAAAUAGCAGUAGUAAUGCGCAUAUUUCUAUUUUCUAAAAAAUUUUUGCAAUUCUAGCUUAAUUCCCUCAUAACAUCGCCCAAAAUGGUCGGAUCGACACCUUUUAAAAAAAAUCAUGUAGACCUGAGUCCGCGGUUUACAGUAAUGUAAUUUUUUAGGAUGUUUGGCGAUCUACGGCACCAACAAAUUUAUAGUAGUGCAGCAGUUUGCAAAAUUUUUUCAUUUUUUUCAGAAUAAAAAUAGGUUUUUGUUCCAAAUAAUAAAAUAUUAGUAUAAAAUUUUAUAUAAUUGUAAAGAAAAUUGUCUUGGCUACCUUAUUUUUUUAGAGGGGCGUCUAUAUCUCACCAACUGAUAAAGUUAUGGGUGAUUUAGUCUAGCCGCAUCCCAUUUUUUACCGUAACAUUUCUCUCUUCUUUUGAUUUGAGGGCUCUUUCGAAAGAUUUUUUGUGAUCAAAAUCGAGGGAUUGUCGAAGUAAAUCAGUCAUUACUCAGCCAAAAAAUGACUUACAGUUGGCCCUCUAAAAAUGUUUUGUAGAGAAUUAAAUUGUCUAUCGACUGACAUUAAUUAGAAUUUUUUACUGUUUCAAUUAACGCGAAAAAAGGCCUUUUAGCGUUAUAAAGUGGAAGAAUUCAACACUACAACGCCUAUGGUAACUUUGUCAUUGGCGGUAGAGCAAAAAUUUUUAUAGAUCUACAUAGCCCGAAGUCUCAGCAUUAUUUGAAUUUUUGGAGGGUGCUUGUAGGCCCAAGUAGAGGAAAGUUAUGGCUCAAAUACUACCGCCAACCCGUAAUUUUGGACGUAAAAAGUCACUCCGAUUGAGAAUUGGCGCAAUCCUCAUUUUCCUGCCGUCUCUCCCGUUUCGCAUGCAUUUCCUCUGUUCCCUCGCUCACUCAUAUUUCUAUUUUCUUUAUUUUGCGUUCGUGAAACAGGCCCCAGAAAAUUAAAAAAAAAAAUUUUUAAAAAUUCGAAAAAAAAUUUUAAAUAUUUUGACCAAUUCCCAUUUAAAAAGUCUCAAAAAACUCAUUUCAGAAGUCUACGAAAUUCGGAUAUACGAAAACGCCCCUCCAGGCACGAAAGCCACCCUAAACGAAGCCUUCGAUCGUGUGCUGCGCGAUAUGAAAAAUUGCUUUGCCCAGCUGGACAGCGACGUUGAUUGGAUCGAGUUCGACACCUCUUUGCUGAUAUUUAUGACAACAAAAGAGGUGCCCAGCUCCGCCGCGCCCAUGCAAUAUGGAACAUUGCAUUUGAUGUGUGCUUCAAAUAUGGUAAGAAAUGAUUUUUUUUUGGAAAAAAAAAAUUUAAAAAAAUAUUUUUUUUUUGUUUUUUCAAAAUUUAGUUUUUUGCACUGUGCAGUCAAAAAUUUAAAGAUUUUUUAUUGCACAGUGCGAUAAAAAAAUUUUCGCACGGUGCAAAUUCUCUUUUUCGCCGAGAAAAAUUUAUUUUUUGCACUGUGCAAGAAAACUUUUGUUUUUUGCACUGUGCAAAUGCCGAAGUUUUCUUUGCACUGUGCAAUGUCGGUUUUCUCGAAAUAUCGCACAGUGCGGGCUGCGGAUUUCGCGUUUUGCCGCACCGUGCAGAAUCUCCAAACUUUUCGGUCGCUAAAAUUGCACAGUGCGAGAAAACAAAAAAAAAUCUUUUCGGACUGCACAGUGCAAUCAAAAAUUUGAAAAUUUCUUUUGCACAGUGCAAUAUUUUUUGCUAAAAUUGCACAGUGCAAUUGCAGAAAAAUUUCUUUGGACUGCACAGUGCAAAAAAAAACACAACUUUUUUAUUGCACAGUGCGGAGAAAACAAAAAAAUUUUUUGGACUGCACAGUGCAAUAUUUUUUCGCUAAAAUUGCACAGUGCAAUCACAGAAAAAUUUCUUUGAACUGCACAGUGCAAUCAAAAAUUUGAAAAUUUCCUUUGCACAGUGCAAAAAAAACGUUUCUUUUUUAUUGCACAGUGCGGAGAAAACAACAAAUAAAUAUUUUUUGGACUGCACAGUGCAAUCAAAAAUUUGAAAAUUUCUUUUGCACAGUGCAAGAAACAUUUCUUUUGUAUUGCACAGUGCGGAGAAAACAAAAAUUUUUUUGGACUGCACUGUGCAAACGCCAAAAUUUGAAAAUUUCUUUUGCACAGUGCAAAAAAACACAACUUUUUUUAUUGCACAGUGCGUCAAAACCUUCGAAAAAAAUUUGAUUUUUCUUUCAAAAACUCGCUCCAAAUUGUAAUUUUGUAAUUUUUCCCCUUUUCAGAUGCGUUCCUUGACCUUUUCGCUUCACGUCACCCGUCGGAAUCGACAUCCUCCCAAAUUCUCGUCCGAUCACUACAAAUUCUACGCGCCCGUGUCGCUGCGGCCGGGCCUUGAGGUUGGGCGAGUGGUGGUGACGGACAACGACCCAAUCAUCUACAACUCUCAGCUCCAACUCACCGUAAUUCCGAUGGAUUCGGAUCCGAGCUUGGCCAAUUAUUGGGCGCUUCACAAGAACGGGAGUUUGAAUGUGCGGAAGUCGAUGAAAUCGGGGUUGAAACUCUACAAGAAUUAUGAGCUAAAACUUGUCGCCUUCGACUAUGGGAGUCCUCAACUGUUCAGUGUCGCGAAACUCACAGUAAUUCCGGUCUCAGUGUCGGCGCCGCGCAAUGUCCGCGUAAAUAUCGCCAAUCGGAUUUAUCAAAUCUUCGAGUGGGAUGCCCCCGAAUUCGGCGUCCCCCAAAGCAUCCGGAUCGAAAUCCAUCGCGGCAAUGACGUCAUGCACACAUUUGAGGUGGAUGGGGAAGAGAAUGUGGCGCUGAGUCGGGCCAACUUCCAAGUCGGCCCCGAAUACCGGGUCAUUGUGGCCGCCGUGGACAGCAAUGGACACACCCCGGCCGAACCGUACAAAUUCAACUUGUUGGAGGAUGGUGAGUAGAAAAUAUAAAAAAAAAAUAAAAUAUAAAAACUUUUGUUGCGAUACUAGUGGCGACAUAAAGUCCUGAGAAAUUUGCACAGUGCAUUUAUGUUUUCUUUCGGACCCGUCGCGGCAAUUCCCCGUUUUUGCACUAGCGACAUGCACUUUCGCGCGAGCUUGCCACUUUUCUCGCGCGACACCCGCGACAAACUGCACAGUGCAAAGAAAACCUCUGUUUUUGCACAGUGCAUGUCGCGAAAAACGUUCCAGCGAUCUGCACCGUGCGGAAAAACAAUGCACCGUGCGUUGCGACACGCGUGGGAAAAAGUUCAAAAUGCACUGUGCAAACGGCCUUUUUGGUUUUUGCACGGUGCGAAAAAGAGAAAAUGCACUGUGCGCUGGCGACAAGCGUGGGAAAUUGGCUCAGGAUGCACUGUGCAAACGGCUUUUUUGGUUUUUGCACGGUGCGUAAAGAAAAAAUGCACUGUGCGUUGGCGACAAGCGUGGGAAAAAGUUCAAAAUGCACUGUGCAUUUUAAUUUUUUGUUUUUGCACUGUGCAAAAAAGAGAAAAUGCACUGUGCGCUGGCGACAAGCGUGGGAAAAAGGUCCAAAAUGCACUGUGCAUUGGCGACAAGCGCGGGAAAAAGUUCAAGAUGCACUGUGCAAACGGCCUUUCUGUGUUUUUUGCACUGUGCGAAAAAGAAAAAAUGCACCGUGCGUUGGCGACAAGCGUAGGAAAAAGUUCAAGAUGCACUGUGCAAAAGAAAAAAAAUAUAAAAAAGAAAUAAAAAAUGAAAAAUGUCCAUGCACUUUAUGAAAAUACUAAUAUGUAAUAUAAACCGCUGCUUCAGAUCUCCUGUGUCGCGGGCGCUGCGCGGACGGCGGUCGCCCAAUGUGCUACUACGGGCGAGAGCACAAAAUCGUCCAGUUCACCGACAUCAACGGACCCCACUGCCUCUGCUACGACGGGUUCAGCGGCCACCAAUGCGACGUGGUGGAGAAAUGCACCGCCGAGCGCUCCAUCGAGACCUUCGGCAGUGUGGACUGGCCCUCCACGGCGGUGAACCAGUCGGCCGCGAUCUUGUGCCCCUACAACGCGGAUGGAACACAGUUGGAGCGCAAAUGCACCUGGGACAACACACUGGCCCGCUGGGAAAACGUCUCCUACAACGAGGUGUGCAAGAAACAGUCCUCGAUUUUGGUCCAUUUGGGUGUGUUGGCCAACUAUGUACAGCGUCCCGAUCAAACCUCGGCCGGAUUCAACGCAGUCCAGCGAUUUUUGGACUCCAUUUUAAGAUUCCCCGCCUUCCAGAAGAAUGUGACGUCAUCGCAUUUCGACGAGAAAAUCGCUGAACACACGAUUCAGGUGCUGGACAGCAUGCUCAGCAAGAAUUUGGGGGAUUUGCCAGGUAAUUUUGGGACUUUUGAUGACCGAUUUUUUCUCGGAGAAAUUUGGAAAUUUCGAUGUUUUAAUGAAAAAAAUGUAAAAAAAACACUUUUCAGGGUUUAAAAUUUGUUUUCAAGCCUUUUUAAGGCAUUUUUUGAAAUUUUUAACGACCGAUUUUUUCUCGGAAAACUUUCGAAAUUUAGAUUUUUUAAUGGAAAAAAGCAUAAAAAAACUUUUUUAGGGCUUAAAAAUUGUUUUCAAGCUGUCUAAAAGCAUUUUUGAGGUUUUUAACGACCAAUUUUUCUCGGAAAACUUUCGAAAUUUGGAUUUUUUAAGGGAGAAACACUUUUUUAAGGCAUAAAAAUUGUUUUCAAGCCCUUGUUAAGGCAUUUUUUAGAUUUUUUGACGACCGAUUUUUGCUCGGAAAAAUUUCGAAAUUUGGAUUUUUUAAUGGAAAAAAAGUAUAAAAAACACUUUUUUAAGGCUUAAAAAUUGCUUUCAAGUCUUUUUUCAGGCUUUUUCGAGGUUUUAGGACAACCGAUAAAUCAUUUUUUUAUCGAAAAUAACCCUCCAAAAACCCUUUUUUAAUAGAAAAACUCUUUUUUAAGGCUUAAAAGUUGUUUUUAAGCCUUUUUAAGGCAUUUUUGAGACUUUUUUCGGAAAAAUUUCCAAAUUUUUUUCAUAAAAAAUCUCUUUUUUCAUCUCAAAAACCCCCUCAAAAACUCAUUUCCAGGCAAUGUCACGCAAUCCCGCAUUCGUCUGCAGACUUUUCUCACCAACUUCGGGCGCAGGCUGCCCACGCCCUACUCGCUGGAAUCGCCGCAAAACGGGCUGCAAAUGCGUUCGCAGCACUGGAUCGCGGGCGCGGAGACGUUUCCCACGAAAAUGGGGGACAAAUGCUAUAUUCAUUUGCCGCGUGCGGUGCGCUCCGCCACCACGUUGUUCGUCUGCAUGAAGAACAACACAAUCUACAGCAUCCCCGAGGCCACCACCACAGCUCAAAUCCCGGCGCUUGUGAUCGAAAGCGGCGACGCAAAUGACCCACUGAUCUCGGGGAGCGACAAAACGUUGAUUGCUCUCAGGCCGAUGGCGCCAAAUUACUUCCAGCCCAGCUUCAACUACACGUGCGCGUUUUUCGACCAGAAAUUCGGCGGAUGGAGUAUCGAUGGAGUGACGGUGUUGUCGCGCAACUUCGAAGACGGCAUGGUUUUGUGUGAGACCACUCAUUUCGGCGUCUUUACGCUGCUUCCGGAGCACUUAUUCAACAGCAAAAGUGACGUCAUCAACGAUGUCAUGAACAUCUUGCCGAUUGUCACCUCCUUCGUGGCUGUGAUUGUGACCAUGUUUUUGUUGCUGAUUUCGAUCUGCCAAAAGUGAGUUUUUUUGGAGAAAAAAUUUAAAAAAUCAAAAAAAAAAUUUUUUUAGUUUGUAUUUUAGAGCCCCAAAAAAUCCAAAAUUUCCCCAAAAACCCCCGAAAUCCCCUCAAAAAAUCCCAUUUUCAGAGCCUCCGACCCCGCACUGUGCGUGUUCCUGUUCAUGGUUCUGGUGGUGCAUUCCGCGCACUUGUUCGUUCUGGUCGCUCCGAACUUCUUCAACAUCCGCCACUUGGAUCAGCCCAUCUACUUUGCGCUGCAAUUUGCGAUGCUGUCGGUCGGGGCUUUAAUCGCGCUGAUCAAUUCCUCGGUGUAUGCGAAGAUUGUGGAAUUGGAGAGCGAGUUCCAGGAGGGAGCGCAUACUUGUGUUCGGAUUGUUUUGAUUUCAUUGUUCGCGAUUAGUAAGUGCAUAUUUUGGGUUGAAAUUUUGGAGAAAAUUUGAAUAUUCAAAAUUUCCUGAAUUUUGAAAAAAAUUUGAAUAUUCUAAAUUUCCUAAAUUUUGAAAAAAAUUUGAAUAUUCUAAAUUUCCUAAAUUUUGAAAAAAAUUUGAAUAUUCUAAAUUUCUUAAAUUUUGGAAAAAUUUGAAUAUUUUAAAUUUCCUAGAUUUUUGAAAAAUUCUAAAUUUCCUAAAUUUUGGAAAAAAUUUGAAUAUUCUAAAUUUCCUAAAUUUUGGAAAAAUUUGAAUAUUUUAAGUUUCCUAAAUUUUGGAAAAAAUUUCAAUAUUCUAUAUUUCCUGAAUUUUUGAAAAAUUCUAAAUUUUAUAAAUUUUCGAAAAAAUUUGAAUAUUCUAAAUUUUCUAAAUUUUUAGUAAGUGCAUAUUUUGGGUUGAAAUUUUGGAGAAAAAUAGAAUAUUCAAAAUUUCCUAAAUUUUGGAAAAAUUUUAAUAUUUUAAAUUUCCUGGAUUUUUGAAAAAAUUUGAAUAUUCUAAACUUCCUAAAUUUUGGAAAAAAAUUGCAAUAUUCUAAAUUUUCUAAAUUUUGGAGAAAAUUUGAAUUUUCUAAAUUUGUUUAAUUUUGGAAAAAAUUGAAUAUUCUAAAUUUCCAAAAAUUUUUAAAAAAAUUUGAAUAUUCUAAAUUUCCUAAAUUUUGAAAAAAUUUGAAUAUUCUAAAUUUCCUAAAUUUUGGAAAAAAUUUGAAAAUUCUAAAUUUCCUCGUUUUCAGUUCUCCCCUCGCUCUCCUGUUUCAUUGUGUGGAGCUACAACACCCCAAUUUUCACCCACGUCAUCACAAAACAGCCCGUUCUGCACCCGCUCUCCGUCAGUUUCGCCACCUCCUUCUUGGUCCCUCUCAUUCUGUACAUGGGCAUUGCCAUGGGCUAUGGCGCCUAUGCCUUCUACUAUGGUGGAAGAGUGGUGAUGGCGACGCGUUACAUUGAGCGCAAGGAGAACUUGCUAUACGAUCUGAGUCAUGCGGCAGGCGCGUCGGUGUUGGUUAUGCUCGUCUUCUACGGGGAUGCGGUGCUGUUCUUCGAGAAACACGGAUUUUUAAGGUAAAUAGCGGGGAAUUCUAGCGAUUUUUUUGGAUUGAGAGCGAAGAAGUCUCCAAAACGAAGAUAUCCCCCAAACGAAAAGGCUCCCAAAAAAGAGAGACCCCCCCCCCCCAAAACGAAAAAGCCCCCAAAAUGAAGAGGUCCCUAAACGAAAAGGUCCCCAAAACGAAGAAGCCCCACCCCAAAACGGAGAGUCCCCCAAAACGAAGAGACCCCCAAAACAAAGAGGUCCCUCAAUCGAAGAAUCCCCAAAAUAAAGAGAUCCCUCAAUCGAAGAAACCCCCAAAACGAAAAGGUCCCCAAAACUAAAAGGCCCCCAAAAUGAGGGGGCCCCUAAACGAAUACGUCCCCCAAACGAAGAAGCCCCACCCCCAAAACGGAGAGUCCCCCAAAACGAAGAGACCCCCAAAACAAAGAGGUCCCCCGAUCGAAGAAUCCCCCUAAACGAAAAGGCCCCUAAAACGAAGAGGCCCCAAAAAUGAAGAAACUCCAAACCAAAGAGGCCUCUUUUCAAAAAAAAAAUCAAAAUCAGUAAAAAAGGGGGCCUCUUUGUCUUCUUCGUUCUGGUGACCUUCAUGAUUUAGGGCCCACAAAACCUAAUCUUUCCGACAAAAUUCAUCUUUUAUCCCCAUAACUCCACUUACUUUACUCUCAACCAUUACCUUCUCAUUUUUAGAAACAUGAUCUUCUCCACGCUCCAGCUGAUCUGCACCUUCCUGAUCUUCCUCUUUGUGGGCUACAUUUACCGGAUUGAAACCCGUUUCAAGCGCGCCUCCUCGCUGUUCGGCCAGGGCUCGGACGACGGCCAUAGCGCGGCCACCGCGUCCACCGGCGUUGGCUACCGAGGCUCGAAGGAGAAUGACUUGACGAAGGAGCGAUUGUUGGACAAUCAGACCGAAAAAAGCCUGAGUUCCGCCUCGUCGCCGGGUCAGAAUGGCUACCCGAAGAACUUGGUGUCGGAAUAUGGACCCAAUGGAUUUAGGUAAACUCGUUUUUAGAAGGGUUCUAGGGUCUAGGGAUACUGUAAUUUGGCAUCUUUUUAGAGGCUUGCGAUCAUGGAGUUGGGUGAAGAAAAGCCAAAAAAUCUCGAAAAAUAGAGAAUAGCAAAAUGUAAAAAGACAUGUUACAGUAAUCUAAGGACCUUUAGUGACAAGUUGAUAAGAAAUUCAGGCAUCACACGGCUUAGACUUACUGUAACAGAUCGAUUUUUUGAAUUUUUCCGUUUUUUUCCAAAAAUCUCAAAAAAUCUCGAAAAAUCAAAAACAGCAAAAUGUAAAAAGACAUGUUACGGUAAUCUAAGGAACUUUAAUGACCCGUAGAUAAGAGAUCUUAACAGAAAAGGGCUUAGAAUUACUGUAACACGUAAUCCCAGACAUUCUGAUGACCUGAAAUUCGGAAAUAAUAUAGUAGAAGCAUCACUUAUUCGAUUACAAUCCAAUUUUCAGAACAUCAGCGCUAAUGAAGCAGGAAGCGGGCCGCCAACGGCCGGCGGUCUCGUUCGAGCCGACGCUGCCGGACUCGCGCGAAAACUCGUUCCUCGACGAAAGAAGAGGCUCCCAACCGCUCGUGAGCAUUGUAUAG